AGUGUCUUUUCAGUUCUUAAGACAGCAACACCAUAUCGGAACGACGUCGUAGCCGAAUAUUUUAUUAGAAUUUUUCAUUACAAGUCUAAAUAUUCUAAAUAGUCAGCGCGAUGUCCGUUAGCCGUCUUGUAGCUGUAACAGGGUGUGAUAGUGGACUCGGUUGGGCAGUAGCAGCUCGAUUAGCCCGAGAAGGCUUCAUCACAAUAGCUGGUAUGCACAAAGGAAUAGAAACCGAAGCAGCGAAAGCCCUCGAAAAAUUGUGUGCGCACACAUUCCCUUUAGACGUAACUAGAGUUGAAAGCGUUCAAGAAUUCCGGAAGUACGUGCUUACAGUCUUGAAAGAUAAUCCUAAAUAUAAAUUUCAUGCCGUGGUCAACAACGCUGGAGUUAUGACAGUAGGAAAGUACGAAUGGAUGACAGCAUCGAUGAUAGAAAGCCCGGUUCAUGUGAAUUUGCUCGGCGCGAUGAGAGUCAUUUCCGCAUUUUUACCAGAGAUCAGAAAAACUGCAAUCGAAACUACAAGCAAACCUAAGCCCCGUAUAAUCAACGUUGGUAGCCAUUGUGGCCUGCAGCCUUUGCCCGCCUUCGCUGCAUACAGUGCAAGCAAAGCUGGCCUUUUGGCGUUGACACGAUGUCUACAUCUUGAGCACAGCGAGCACGGAUUAGCUGUCAUUGCCUUUGUACCAGGUGGCUUCGUUGGCUCUAGUAACAUUCUGCUCGGGCAAGAAACAAAAGGAGAAGCAAUGGUUGAACAUUUAAACGAUGAACAACGAAAGUUUUACGGAAAUAAAAUUGAAUCUCUAAACAAUUAUUUGGAGCUGGCAUCUGGCGAGGGGAAAUUUGAUUCAAUGCAUGAUAUGAAAAUAUUGAACACUUUUAUGAAGGCUAUGUUGGAUGAAACUCCGAAAUUAAUGUAUAAAGUGGAAUCCUGGAGAUAUAUGUUUUAUUAUAAUUUAAUGAGAUUGCCUUUGCCAUUAUUCAUUCAUAAAUGGAUUAUUAAACAGUUUCUAAGCUUCCCUGAUCACCAAUGAACAGAAUAACUUAUAGAUAUAAUAGGUAAUAACCAACUUUAUUUAAAAAUUAUAAAAAGGUAAAAAAUUAUAAAAACUUAAAAAAAAUUACAAAAAUUAAAAAUUAUAAAAAGAUAUCUAUUUAGAAUGUUUUUUUUUUUUGUUUUAAUUAUUAAGCAAUAAACUUUUCCUUUUAAUCAUAUAAAAUUAAGGAGUAGGUAUUAAGUAGGUAUUUAUAUUUUAAAUUAUUAAAUUCGUAAUUACUACUUA